AUGUCGGGGAUCGCCUCAGGAGCACGACCAACGGCGCCGGCGGCCCGAGUCGCCCAGCCGCGUCUCUGCCGCGGGAGGCCGGGGAGCGCUGCUCACCUUGGAGGAACCAGGAGGGCCGCGGUCGAGCGAGGUGCACCCGCGGGCCGGCGGCCGGGAGUCCGCCGAGCCGGGAGGAAGUGCGGCGCGGGCAACGAAGUCGCCCGCUGCGGCCAGCAAGAGCUCGCCGCCGACCCGCUCGGGGGCACCUCAGCAGGCUUGCCGAGACCGCGCCGCCCCUCAGCCUCUCCGCAUAUCCGGGUCCCGCUCCGCCACACUCACCUGCCUGGCGCUCCGCUGCCGCCGCCUCCGACGCCGGCUCCAAGCUCCGGGUGCGCGGUCAGCAGCCCAGACCACCGCGAUUGCCCAGCUGCGGGGCCCCCAUCCCGCCUCUCUCAGUUACCGCACGCUUGCCCCGCACGGCGCUACACCAUGCCGCCGCCGCCGCCGCCGCCGCCGCCGCACCGACCGACGGAGUACGCGCGCGUUGCUUCUAUGGUCGCGCGCGCGCGCGCGCGCGUGCGCGACAACCGCGCCGGCCUCCCUGCAGCCGUCAUCCCGCCCCGCGCGCGGGUCAGGCCAAUCCCCGACCCGGCAGCUCCUGCCGCAGACCUACGGGACGGGCCAGGCGGGGCCGGGAGAGAAGCCACUCUGCCCGCUAGUCCUCUCUAG